UGAACAGUUACUUUAACCAACUUUAACCAGUUUAACACACUUUAACGUGAAUGAUGGUGAUGGUGACUGAACGUCCUGAAGGUGACCUGUGUUUGAGAAAAGUUUGAAGAAUAUAAAGGAAUUUUAUUUGAAAACAAAGAAGUACAUGACUUUACUGUAAAAAAGUAUGUUGCCUUUUAAUCUUGGGUCACCUGCAACAUCGAGCAAUACAAAUUUCGGAUUUGGACAAAAACCAGCAACUGGUUUUAAUUUAACUAGUACACCUUUUGGUGCAACUCCACCAGCAUCGACAUUAUCUUUUGGAGCUGCUUCAACCCCAGCAACAACUGCUGGCCUUAGUUUUGGAUUUAGUAGCACUCCUACAGUGUCUACGCAACCACAGUCAACUGGCUUAGCUUUAGGAUCAAAUACAAGUACCACAACAACUACUAGUACUGGGUUAUUUCCAACACCAGCUACAUCUGCACCAUUGUUUACUGGACUUAACUUUGGCACACCUGCAACAAGUAGUAAUUUAACAUUUGGUGCUUCAUCAAACACAGCUUCCACAGGAAACACUACUUUUUGUGCUCCUACUACUACAACAUCACUUUUUGGUGCAUCUGUUACUGGCGGUGGAUUAUUAGGAUCAAAACCAGCUACUACUGCUACAAAUAUAACAAAUAAAGGCUUAGGAGGUUUAGAUGUAUCUGCAAGCAAUAAAGGUCUUUCACAAGGAAGUGGUAAUCCAGCAACUGCUAAAGAAAAUGUUUGGCCACCGGAAUUAAUACAGACAAUAGAUAAAUUCAAGGAAUUCGUAAAAGAGCAAAAGGUAUUGUCUUCAGAUAUAGCAAGGGGUUCUGCAAGACCGUUAAAUCGAUGUGCAGAAGAUACAGCAUUACUGAUGGAACUUUUAACUACAUUAGCAGGCUCUGUCCAGCGUGAUCGUGCUGCAGCUGAUAAGUUAAAGCAAGAUACUGCCAAAGCAUUACAGAAUGCUGAAAUAGCUCAAAGAACACAUGAUACGCCACCAGGAUUACAAUAUGAAAAUAACGCACCAUUGUUAUUCUUCAUGGAAUUAGCUGAUAGUUUUGAACAUGAUUUAAUGCUAUUCAGAUCUCAAAUUGAAACAACAGAGAAACAUAUACAAACAAUGAUGACUCCAAAAGCUCUGACACCACAAGAAUUAACGAUGGCUAUGAGUAAACUUCAUGAGUCUUUGGUAGCUGUUGCUGGUAAACUGCAGGGAGUGCAUUCGAAAGUACAACAACACAAAGAACAAUAUCUUAAUUUUAGAAAAUAUGUUUUAAAAGACAAUACAAACGUUUUUGAAGAUAUUAAAGUAGACGGAAAAACGUCUCGAAGUAAUAUUGGGAAACUUACAAGUGGUCCAACUCCAUUUGGACCAGGAAAUAAAAGUUUUCUCUCGUCGACGACAUUAAAUUCUAACAGAUCAGGAAGUUAUGAAACACGAAAUCCAUUAGUUUGGGGAAAUACAGUACCAACAUCAUCUGCUACUAACAUUAAUCUAGGCCCAUCAUUGAAACCACCAACUGCAAGUUUGACUUUUAAUACCCCAACAAACCUUACUGCACCUUUACCAACAAGCGAAUCAAGUUCCAGUUUCCAACUUCAAAAACCUCCUGUUGGUAAUAAAAGAGGGAAACAUUAAAUUGUGUCUAUAUUAAUUUUUGUACUGCUCUGAAUUGUGUUUAAUAUAUUGUUUUUCUACUUUA